UACAUAAGCUGCUGGAAGUUGACCUGGAACUGGUUUUUGUUAUAAGCAUGCCGAUGAUGUGAUGCAAGGUCUUUAAAAAAUGUACUCAUCUUAAUUAAAGGUAAUUUUUAGGGAUGUAAGCAAAGCAUGCUUCGUCCUCGAUGUUCGAAGGAUUCGAAGCUUUGAUCUUAGCUCCUCGUAGGUGAAAGAAGGUGCGGCGCGUCACGGUUUUAAAAUAAAACCUAAAUCUUUAUAGAAACCUCGAUCCUCCUCCUCCCAACUCUCUCGAACGCACUCACACAGAGGCAAACCCAUGCCCACCUAAAACAAUCCCAUCGGCGUAUGCGUGUGUGUGUGUUUUGGUGUGAGUGAGUGAGUGCACGAGAAAGAAACUCUCCGGCAGUUUGUUCUCGUACCUGUUUGUACUCUCAGGUAACAUGGCUUCGCGCAUCGCGGCCUUUUCACAUCACAGAAAACAAUAAAAAAAAAAGAAUAAUCAAAGGAUUCAAAGCGCAGGUGAAACUAUACAAAAAAAGAAAUAAAAAUAAAAGAAGGGCAACCGAAAAAUCGUCAGAAAAUUACGUAAAAGGUUCGGACCUUCUUCAAGAGUGCAUGCAUAGAACUCCUCCAAUCGCUCUUCAGUUUUCCGCGUGCCGAAGGUGGAAAAAGGGGUGAUCGAGGAGGAGAGAGUCAGUUAGUGAUUUGUGGGUAGUUACGCGGCCAUCCAGUUCGGAUCAAGUUUUGUUUCUUCUUCUUUUUUACUUCUUCUUCGGAAAUACUUUUACUGUGCAUUGGAAUUCCGAUGUUGGGAUUUAAAUUCGGCGCAUCCACCGAAGACACGCACUGAUCGUACCAGAUUCCAUCGAAUAUCUGUGAGGAUAUCGGGGUCAUCGGGAUCGAGUUCGCCUUGUCCGAGAACUUUCAUUGGCGAAGAAAAUGCAGCUUUGAGACUUAAGUAUCUAUGAAGCAAGGAUGGCUGACACCGGAUGAGCGGAGGGGGCGGUGGUGGUGGUGCGUUGAGGGCGGCCGCAAGUAGCGGAGACGCGACAUCUUGCGCCCGUCUUUUGGGGAACGCGAGAUCUGUCCGAUUCACGAGAGAUGAGCUUGGAAGGUCGGCCCUGCACCUUGCGGCCAGUGCAGGCCACGGACCCGUCAUCCGUCUGCUGCUCAAUGUGGCCGCCCCCCGGGAGGUCGACAGUCCCGACGGCGCCGGAUGCACGCCGUUGCAAAGGGCUGCCGCCGAUGGACACGAGGAAGUCGUUAAGAUGCUUUUGGCGCGCGGCGCCGACGUCGACAAACAGGAUAGCGUUCAUGGGAAUAGUGCCAUGCAUGAAGCGGCUUGGAAGGGUUACAGCCGUACAGUAUCCCUUCUAGCAACCGCCAAAGCGAACCUGCAGAAGUGCAACACGGGCGGUUUCACGGCGCUGCACCUAUGCUGCCAGAACGGCCAUAACCAGUCGUGCAGGGAGCUGCUGCUUGCAGGUUGCGAUCCGGACCUGCAGAACAACUACGGUGACACCGCUCUCCACACGGCCGCGCGCUACGGCCACGCCGGAGUCACCCGCAUCCUUAUCUCCGCGCAGUGCCGUGUCUCCGAACAAAACAAGAAUGGAGACACGGCGUUGCACAUUUCUGCUGCGAUGGGCAGAAGGAAGCUGACAAGGAUCCUGCUGGAGGCGGGCUGUGAUCGAGCCGUCCGCAACAAACAAAACGAAACUGCCAAAGAUAUCGCCCUGCGGAAGGACCUGAACGAGAUCCUGCAGAUACUGGACGAUUGUCCCGCCUCUAAGAAGGAGAAGAAGUCGCGCGGAAAGAAACGCGGCAAGAGCAAAGUGAGGUUCGAUCCAGAGGUGCCGGAUGACCUGGAGAAAUCAAGACAUUGGUCACCCUACGGAUGUCACUACUAUCCGGAUCCGGAGGCGUUUCCGUCGCCGCGCUUGGACAGCUUACCUCACGAGCCCUUGAAAAGGGGCGAGCAGUAUUAUUUAGAUUUAGGGGGAAACAUCAGGAAGGGUCCCGUCGGCGUCGGAUACACUUGUUACUGCGCCCCGCUCUUCAGGCAUUUAGAGGCCAAAUUGGAGAAGGAUAAGCGAGAGCUGCAUAAAGCACAGGUCAAGCUGGGUCAGAGAGUCGCAGGACUUGAGCAGAAGCUCAGCAGAGGUGUACAUGAAAGACGUUCCGAACGCGUUCAUCCCCACAAUAGGGAGGUAGAAGUCUCCACUCUCACCAGAUCUAGGAGUCUGGAAGUUCUAGAUACUCACAGGAAAUCCACAUUACUCACGGCAAGGAGCAUGGAUGAAUUGGAGGGUGACGAUGAACCAAGGAAGUCGGUGAAGGAAUUGGUGGCAAAGAUCCAGCAGCAGCAGGUGGACGAUGCAAAGAAUGACAGCGAGAGCAGCGACGACGAGGAUAAGCCUCUCAGGUUGCCCCAAGGUUUAGGCCCGAUGGGCGAAUCGAACUUGGUGAGUUACGAAAAUGUCCCGUUGGAAGCCCCCAGGAGUAGAAGUGGUGUUUACAGUCCAGAGAAUAUGCGGUACAUCGAGCCCAUCGUGAAGAUCCAAGAGAACUUCUCCAGCUCGACACCGCAUCUGGACACCUUCGAGAAUCGUCUGGACGUGGGCCGCUUGGAGAGCUCCACGUCUCGUCUGGAGCUGACCAGGUUCUACGAUCCGAAAUUCUGCGAGCAGAAUGUGCGCUACAUGGACUCGAAUCCGAAAUACAGUGACCUGAACACGAGAUUUGCGAAGCUUAGGAUGCUCGAUCCGUCGAAGGAGGGCACCUCGCGUCUCCUCGACUCCAACAAGAUGUUCGAGAGCACAACGAGGAUGUUGGAAAACCCGCAGGACAUCGUCGACAGAGAUACGAACAACGAUUCCGGUUACAGCACCAAAGUUUACGGCAGCUCGAAGGGAAACUCGCCCAGUCUCUCAGGACAAUUGGACGCUGAAUGCAUCGGUGCUUCGAGUUUAGUGUAAUGAAAGAAGUUUUUAUUCGCGAUGAUUCAUGCGGAUUGAAGGAACUCGUGCGCAUUCGUGCAAUGAAAAACAUAAACUUUGUUACCUACAUUUGUAAAGUUUUAUUUUUAUUUUAUUUUCUAAACAAACAAAAAACUACAAGUAAAUACUAAAUCGAAACUAUUUGUUAAUAGAUUAAAAUAUAUAAUAUAUAAAGAAGAUAUUUAAAUGAAUGACGAGG